CAGUGCUUUCUCGCCUAAAAUUAAAAAAAUAAAAUCCCUAAUUCUGAAUCCAUAUCCGCAAUUUUCUCAAUUUGAAUUUUAUAAUAGGGAAGACCAAAAUCAUGCAAGAUUCUAAUUCCUUCCCUCUCUCUGUACCUGCAAUGCUCUGAUUCCUUUCUCGGAAUCAGAAUCAGAGCAUUGCUUGUCAUCCGAACAGUGGAUUUUUUUGUCUUCAAUCUCUUGGCUUGGAAAUUUAUCUGCAACUUCUUCUUUCCCAGUUGGGAUCUAAUGGUGGGUGAUAUGAAAUCCGAGGAUAAGUUGAGGGACUUUUACAUUCCGAAUUACAUGCUUGUGAGUGGAUCGGAUAUGCCAAAAGUUAAAAUUGUGCCUUCAUGUCCAGUCAUGGUGUUUGUUAAUGCCAAAAGUGGUGCUCAGAUUGGAGGUGAACUCCUUCUUACGUAUCGAUCUCUUCUCAAUGAGAACCAGGUUAUUGACUUGGGAGAAAAGGCUCCUGAAAAGGUGCUACACACCCUUUAUGUAACUUUAGAAACACUCAAGAGCAGUGGAGAUGUUUUGGCUGCUGAAAUCCAGAAGAGGUUGAGAAUAAUCGUUGCAGGUGGAGAUGGUACAGUUGGCUGGCUCCUCAGUGUAGUUUCUGAUCUUAAACUACCUCACCCACCUCCAAUUGCCCCAGUGCCAUUGGGAACUGGAAACAAUAUCCAUUUCGCUUUUGGUUGGGGAAAGAAAAAUCCUUUCACCGACCGUCAGUCUGUGCUGACUUUCUUGAAUCAAGUGAAGACUGCGAAGGAAAUGAACAUUGACAGCUGGCACAUAAUAAUGAGAAUGAGGUCUCCAAUGGAAGGUUCUUGUGAUCCUAUUGCACCUCUAGAACUACCCCAUUCUUUGCAUGCAUUUCAUCGAGUCUCCCAAACUGAUACACUCAAUAUGGAGGGUUACCAGACCUUUCGUGGGGGGUUUUGGAACUACUUCAGCAUGGGAAUGGAUGCUCAAAUAUCAUAUGAUUUUCACGCACAGAGGAAGUUGCAUGCAGAAAAAUUUAAAAACCAGUUAGUUAAUCAAGGUACUUACUUGAAGCUUGGGUGUACACAAGGAUGGUUUUGUGCUUCUCUAUCGCAUCCUUCUUCACGGAACAUAUCACAUCAGACAAAGAUUAAGAUCAUGAAACGACAAGGUCAAUGGGAAGACCUCCUCAUACCUCGCAGCAUUAGGUCUAUUGUGUGCCUCAACUUACCCAGUUUUUCUGGUGGUCUUGACCCAUGGGGGAAACCAAAUACGAAGAAAGUGCAAUAUAGGGAUUUAACUCCUCCAUAUGUGGAUGAUGGCCUCAUCGAGAUUGUUGGUUUUAGAGAUGCCUGGCAUGGGCUUAUCUUACUUGCUCCUAAGGGACAUGGGACUCGUCUUGCACAGGCAAACAGAAUACGUUUCGAGUUUUGCAAGGGUGCAGCUGAGCAUACAUUCAUGAGAAUUGAUGGGGAGCCAUGGAAACAACCUCUUCCAGCAGACAAUGACACAGUGGUUGUAGAGAUUUCUCACUUUGGCCAAGCGAACAUGCUUGCCACACCAUUAAAUCGAUCCAAAAGUGUAAAUGACCCCAUGUCUCCAGUUAAUUCCCACGAUGAGGAUGAUGACAGUAAUGACGAAGAAUAUGAUGAUGCAGAAGAUACGGAAGAGAAAAGGAAGUUUGGUGCAUCGGACACGUUCAAAAUUCCAGAUGGCGUUGACAUAGCUCAACUUACUUAAGCCUAUUCCUCGUAUCAUCACCCUGCAUUGGGAUUUUUUUCACAUAAAUCACAGUAGUUUUUGUCCAACAAAAUCUGCCCGGGCCUCAAUUUGAAAGAUCACCAUCCUGACAAUGUACAAAUACAUUUUCUUGUCAUUGAUUAGUGAUUGGUUAUUUUGAGAUUGCGCAUGUAUAAAUCUGGCAAAUCUGGUAGAUUCCAAAUUCAAUUCUUUACCUGAAA